UUUUGAUGGCUGAAGCAAUAAUGACAAUAGAUGAACAUACCAAUAGUAGUAGUAGUGCCACUAAAAAGUUGAAGCAAAAAAGAGUUCCACAAAGAGGACUAGGUGUUGCUCAACUUGAGAAGAUAAGAUUGGAGGAACAACACAUAAAAGAUGAAAUUUUGCCACCAAAUUCAAUUGUUUCAUCAAAAGAUUCAACUUUUAGGCCUUUAAAACCAACAACAGUCUUGAAAAAAUGUGACUUUAGACUAAAUUCAUCAACCCCAUUUCUUGAUAAUUUGAGUCCAAAUGCAUUACAAUCUCCAAAACAAGUGAAUGUGAGUGAAGGGUAUGAUGAUGAUUGCUCUAAAUUGUGUAGUGGAAAGUAUAGUUCUGAGGAAGAUCAUGAUGAGAAGUUGUACCACAAUGGUGUUGUUUUUCAGCCCCCUAUUUUCUCCUUGCCACAUUUUCAGCAACCUGUUUGUUCUUCAUCAAUGGUGAAUAUCUCAUCAGGGAUUUCAUCAUCAUCUGUAAGAAAUUUUCAGAUGGAGCCCCCUUCAAACCAAAGUUACCAUGGCUAUAAUUAUUUACCUCUAUGGCCUGAAGAAGUGAAGAGGGUUGGCAUAAAAAGACCAUAUCCAUUCCCUCCAGAGUUCCCAAUUGUUCCUGCAUUUCACUGCAAAUUUCCUCCGCGCUAUGAUGCCCCCAUGUGCACAAUGAAUUCAGACUCGAGAACAUUUCUUAAAAGGGAAGUUCCUUUAAAAUCAAGAACUCUGCCAGAUGCAAAACCAAGGAAUGUUGUUAGACAAAAUAGAGCUCUCAAUGGAGAUUUUCUCACAUUGGCUCCUCCUACAGCUGUUGUUGCAGGAAAUCAGCAAGCUUUUCCUUAUUCAGCCCCUCAGAACAUCGAGUUAUUUAAAUUCGAGACUGUACCUUUUCAAGAAGUUGCUGAAGAACCUAGCACUAGGUCAGGCUUAAACAGAUCAGUUCAACAACACGUUUUCAGAUUCUUCCCACAUCCAAACGUGCAAAUUAGCCAACCAGGAAACACUCACAGUGAAGUAGGAGGAAAAGUUGAUCUCAAUCUGAAGCUAUAG